UCCUGUGGUCAGGGUUUGACUUGACUGUCACCUACCUGUCUCCCUCCCAGACACCUGGGGAAGCUUGUUGCCGCACGAGUGGAACAUAGAGACCCCAGAGGAGGCGGCUGCUGUCGUUUCCCUUCCAGCCCUUUAGGCUGGCUUUGAACGUUGAUAUCUGUUUCCCUCCCUUUUCCCAGAAUCCGUUCCUGUUGAAGAGUGUGGCCCCUUGAUUCCCGGGCCCUUCGAGGUUUCAGGAACCCAGCCGGUGAAAUUCUCUACCUCGACGGAGAAGCAGCACCUGCUCCUUCAUCAAGAGCAAGCUCUCCAUUGCUAUGGAUACCGAAUCCACGUAUUCUGGAUAUUCUUACUAUUCCGGUCAUUCGAAAAAAUCUCACAGACAAGGGGAAAGAAAUAGAGAGAGACACAAGUCACCCCGGAAUAAAGAUGGCAGAGGGUCAGAAAAAGCCGUCACCAUUCAGGCUCCCACCGGAGAGCCCCUGUUGGGAAACGACUCCACUCGGACAGAGGAAGUCCAGGAUGACAACUGGGGAGAGACCACCACGGCCGUCACGGGCACCUCGGAGCACAGCAUAUCCCAGGAGGACAUCGCCAGGAUCAGCAAGGACCUGGAGGACAGCGUGGGGCUGGACUGCCGGCGCUCCCUGGGCCUGGCGGUCGCCGGGGCGCUGGGCCUGCUAGUGUUCCUGUCCCCGGUCGCCUUCAUGCUGCUGCCCGCGGUCCUGUGGAGGGACGAGCUGGAGCCGUGCGGCACCAUCUGCGAGGGACUCUUCAUCUCCGUGGCCUUCAAGCUCCUCAUCCUGCUCGUGGGCACCUGGGCCCUCUUCUUCCGCAGGCAGAGGGCCGACGUGCCGCGGGUGUCCGUGUUCCGCGCCCUCCUCCUGGUCCUCGUCUUCCUCUUCGUGGUGUCCUAUUGGCUUUUCUACGGGGUGCGCAUCCUGGACCCGCGGGACCGGAACUACCAGGGCAUCGUGCAGUACGCGGUCUCGCUGGUGGACGCGCUGCUCUUCAUCCACUACCUGGCCCUGGUCCUGCUGGAGCUCCGGCAGCUGCGGCCCGCGUUCACGCUGCAGGUGGUCCGCUCCGCCGACGGCGAGUCCCGCUUCUACAGCUUGGGGCACCUCAGUAUCCAGCAAGCAGCAUUGGUGGUUCUGGAAAAUUACUAUAAAGAUUUCACCAUCUAUAACCCCAACCUCCUGACAGCCUCCAAAUUCCGAGCAGCCAAGCACAUGGCGGGGCUGAAAGUCUACAACGUAGAUGGUCCCAGUAACAAUGCCACUGGCCAGUCCCGGGCCAUGAUCGCUGCGGCCGCCCGGCGCAGGGACUCGAGCCAUAACGAGCUGUAUUAUGAGGAGGCCGAACACGAGCGGCGGGUGAAGAAGCGGAGGGCAAGGCUGGUGGUCGCGGUGGAGGAGGCCUUCAUUCACAUCCAGCGCCUCCAGGCCGAGGAGCAGCAGAAGGCCCCGGGGGAGGUGAUGGACCCCCGGGAGGCCGCCCAGGCCAUCUUCCCGUCCAUGGCCCGGGCCCUGCAGAGGUACCUGCGCACCACGCGGCAGCAGCACUACCACAGCAUGGAGAGCAUCCUGCAGCACCUGGCCUUCUGCAUCACCAACAGCAUGACCCCGAAGGCUUUUCUAGAGCGUUACCUCAGCGCGGGCCCCACGCUGCAGUAUGACAGGGAGCGCUGGCUGUCCACGCAGUGGAGGCUCGUGAGCGACGAGGCCGUGACGAGUGGGCUGCGGGACGGACUCGUGUUCGUGCUGAGAUGUUUGGACUUCAGCCUGGUCGUCAGUGUGAAGAAAAUUCCCUUCAUCGUGCUCUCGGAGGAGUUCGUAGACCCCAAGUCUCACAAGUUUGCCCUCCGCUUACAGUCCGAGACGUCGGUUUAAGUGUCCCACGUUUAUGGCUUCAUUCAAAGAGAGACGAUAGAUCUGUGUGCACCCGAGGGCCACCCCGUUCGCGUUGGUUUUUGUGGCUGAGACUGGCAGGCGACCGGCCAGCGGCCUCUGACCGUCUGCACUUUAUUUGGAAGGAAGCAGGGAUGUCCGCCUUGGGAAACGGUGACUGGGGACCCCUGACUCUUGUGGAUGGGACGUCUCAGGAAGCCGUUCCUGGCGCAGCUGUAACCAAAGCGGAGCUGGCGGUUCGGGGAAACCUCGCCUUACAACUCAGUCCCUGCCUCUCGCCCAGCGCCAUACCCUCCCUCGGCUUCCAGGGGACGCAUCGUAAUUCUGGUUCUGGAAGCCAGACACAUGGCCACAGAUGUGUGUGUAUGUAAAUGUCCAGUUCCAUGCCACCCACGGGAGCCAGGGGCUGGUCUUUGUUGCCUUAGGUUCUGGAGAGAAAGUUCACAGCAAAAGAUGUGCACUAAUGAUUUGAUGUGAUGAUUUUUUUCCCAAAGAGAAAACCUGCCUGCUUUCCUGACCCCGCUUCCCUACGGACCAGAGCAGGUAGCCUUUGCUCACUCUGUGAUCGGCACUGUCUUCACCCACCACCCUCCGCACCACACACACACACACACGCACACACACACACACACGCACACACAGCCCCCGCCUGGCUGGCAGGCCUGGCCAGGGGAGCACAGCCUUCAGAGCUGCCUGGGACCGGGACCUGACCCUGCCCGUGUGCCUCAUUGGUCCCACGGGCUGUCUGCCUAGGGAAGCGUGGAUCGCCCACCAGGUAGAUCCCAGCGAGGGCAAGCCAGCUAGAAUGUCCCCUUGGGGCUGCAGCAGGAGCCUGUCCCCUCCUGCCACUCCUCUGCCCUGCUCCCCGCUGACCAGAGAGGACUGACACUGUGACCGGGACUGGCAGCUUCAGUGUGGAGCUUCUAACGUCCCCGGGGAGACAAGUUCCCCCAAAGCUUCAUAGCAGGCUGCCUGCCAGGGGAGACCAGACAGUGCCCCUGCCGUGACAGCUGCUGCUGUCCAGCCCCCGAUUUCUGACCACCGUCACUGUGUAACGAGCUCAAGCCCUCUGCCUCCUACUCCCCAGAAGGGCUGUCGGCCCCUGGUGUGGACAUGGCUUGUAGAGUUUGGUCAAGGGAGAGGGAGUGAAAUGGCCACAGAGUGUAGGGAGAGGAGAGCGGGGAGCCCGUCGGGGGUCCAGAAUGAUUCAUCCGUGAUCUGCUUCUUAAAUGCAGCUGGGUCCAGUGGGCUGUCCCAUGGCCUGGGUUGGGGGUGGGGAGCCUUCCCGGCAGAUCCCUGAGCAGGGGACUUCUGGGAGGGGCCACACCCAGGUCCUCCGAGCCUCCCUCUGCCUUCCCGCAUCCACAACAAACCUUUCCAAAGUGUCCACUCUUGCUUUUCCUAGGUGCUUAGGGUACCAUCCCCUCGCUUUGUCAAGGGCGACACUGUCAGGGUGUUCCGUGUGUGUGUGUCCCCAUGCACCUCGCCGGUUCAUGCAUUCCACCGGUGGGGCGGGAUUUGUGUAUCUUUCUUGAAAUCAGAACCGGCUUUGGAUAUUUGUAAUACAUCUGUACCUGAAAAAGUAAACAGUGUUCUUGAAUCAACAGCCUUCAGGUCAAAGAGAAGACGUGUUGGGAAGGAAGGAAGGCGAGCCGGCCGGUGUGGCGUGGAGCCAAGGCGCGCCGUUGAACUGCCUGGUUCCGUUGCCGAGACACACACGCCUGUAACCAUGGUGCUUCUGUUCCUCAUAGUGUUUGCCUGUGGGCCCUCCAAGCUGGACGUUCCUUAGGAUGGUGUCUUUCUCAGGAAUAUAUUGUGGGAGAUGGUGAAUGUCUGUGACUUUGGCUGCCGGAGGUCCCUGCAUAGAGUUCGUAAUGACACUACUCGCCAGCAUCCUAAAGUCCUGGGCUGCCGACCCUGCCUUCGGUUACCAGCCCAGAAGGGGUCCAGUUGGAUUGGCUGCUUUGGUGCCUGCACCCCCAGCAGGGCGAAGAACGGUUUAAAUUAAGGAGCAUAUUUUCUCUCUACCCGUUUCUCUCUCUCUCCCUUUCUCAGCCUUGCCAUAGGACGAUGUCAGACCUUCUGAAGUUACGGUUUCUGUUUUAAAUUGAAUAUCGAUUUUUUUUUUUUACACUGACUGGCGUCCUUUUUGAAAGAAUACCUAAAUAAAAUGCAGAAUCUUUGGGCACAGACGUUGCACAUUCAAA